AUGGAUUCCACAACCCGUGUCACUCAGGCCGUUGGGCUCACCUCGUCCAUCUUCCUGGCUGGUGUCAACAUCGGUGCUUCUCAUCUCACAGUGCCGCUUCUCUACGAGCAGCCCAUCUCUAUCAACACAGCCUUCUUCAAGGAUUUCUACACGCGAGGCGCUGUCACCUUGGUUCCACUUUCCAUCAUAUCGGCUUCAGCCUCAGCAUUUGCUGCAUAUCUCGUCCCCUCUCAGCGCACAAUUUGGGCUGCUGCCGCUGCCGCUACUAUAUCCCAGAUACCCUGGACUGGGCUCGUGAUGAUGGCGACCAACAACCGACUGAAUGCUAUUGCGGCUAGCAAGGAUGAACUAGAGAAGGCAAGCAAAGAGGAAGUAGUGGAGUUGCUGAAGCGUUGGCGAUGGAUGAAUAUUGUGCGAGGGUCUUUGGCUCUUGUGGGAGGAUUGACAGCUGUCUGGGCGGUGAUGAGUGAAUGA